AUGGUUAUCUUGCGUAAUCGAGUAUUCAAUAGGUUGUCUAUUAGACAAUUUUCUAACAGCGUUGUUAAAAGACAGGUUGUUGGAGACAAUGUUAAAGGUAAAGAUUUCAAUGCAGCUAAAUAUAUGAGCCAGAAAUACCAUGUCAUAGACCACGAAUAUGAUUGUAUUGUCGUUGGUGCAGGUGGUGCAGGUUUAAGAGCUGCCUUCGGUUUAGCUGAAGCUGGUUACAAGACUGCUUGUAUCUCCAAGUUGUUCCCGACCAGAUCCCAUACUGUUGCAGCUCAAGGUGGUAUCAACGCAGCCUUGGGAAAUAUGCAUAAGGAUGAUUGGCACUGGCAUAUGUACGAUACUGUGAAGGGAUCAGAUUGGUUAGGUGAUCAAGAUGCUAUUCACUACAUGACCAGGGAGGCACCAAAGUCAGUUUAUGAAUUGGAGAAUUUCGGUGUCCCUUUCUCAAGAAACGAAGAGGGUAGAAUUUACCAAAGAGCCUUCGGUGGUCAAUCAAGAGACUAUGGUAAGGGUGGACAAGCUUACAGAACUUGUGCUGUUGCCGACAGAACCGGUCAUGCUUUAUUGCACUCUUUGUAUGGUCAAUCUUUGAGACAUGAUACUCACUUUUUCAUCGAAUUUUUCGCUUUGGACUUAUUGAUGCAAGACGGUGCAUGUAUUGGUGUUAUGGCUUACAAUGAAGAAGAUGGUACUUUGCACAGAUUCAGAGCUCACAAGACUGUUAUUGCUACUGGUGGUUUCGGUAGAGCUUAUUUCUCUUGUACAUCAGCACACACUUGUACUGGUGAUGGUUUCGCUAUGGUUGCUAGAGCUGGUUUACCUUUGGAGGAUUUGGAAUUCGUUCAAUUUCACCCAUCAGGUAUCUACGGUUCUGGUUGUUUAAUCACUGAAGGUGCCAGAGGUGAAGGUGGUUUCUUGAUCAACUCAGAAGGUGAAAGAUUUAUGGAACGUUAUGCUCCUCAUGCAAAGGAUUUGGCUUCAAGAGAUGUUGUUUCUAGAGCUAUCACUAUGGAAAUCAACGAAGGUAGAGGUGUAGGUCCAAAGAAGGAUCACAUGUACUUGCAAUUGUCUCAUCUUCCAGCUUCUGUUUUGAAGGAGAGAUUACCAGGUAUCUCUGAAACUGCACAUAUUUUUGCUGGUGUUGAUGUCACUAAGGAACCUAUUCCAAUUUUGCCUACUGUCCACUAUAAUAUGGGUGGUAUUCCAACUAAGUGGACUGGUGAAGUCUUGAAGAAGAAUGAAAAGGGUGAGGACGAGAUUGUUCCAGGUUUAUUGGCUUGUGGUGAAGCUGCAUGUGCUUCCGUUCAUGGUGCUAACAGAUUGGGUGCCAACUCCUUAUUGGAUUUAGUUGUUUUUGGUAGAGCUGUUGCCCACACUGUUAGAGAUUCUUUAACUCCAGGAACUCCAUUACCAUCUGCACCAAAAGACAUCGGUUCCAAGUCAAUUGAAAACUUGGACUGGUUAAGAACCGCAGAAGGUACAAAGUCCACAGCUGAAAUCAGAGCAGAAAUGCAAGAAACUAUGCAAAAGGGUUGUGCUGUUUUCAGAAUACAAGAUACUUUAGAUGAAUGUGUCGAACACAUCGAAAAGGUUGACAAGUCUUUCGAACAUAUUAAGACUACUGAUAGAUCCAUGAUCUGGAAUUCCGAUUUGGUUGAGACCAUGGAGCUUCAAAACCUUUUGACUUGUGCCACUCAAACCGCUCAUUCAGCUGCUGCUAGAAAAGAGUCUAGAGGUGCACAUGCCAGAGACGAUUAUCCAAAGAGAGAUGAUGAAAACUGGAGAAAGCACUCCUUGUCUUAUCAAACCUCCUACGGUGAGCCAGUUAAGUUGGACUACAGACAUGUUAUCACGACUACUUUGGAUGAAAACGAAUGUAAGCCUGUUCCACCUGGUGUUCGUGUCUAUUAG